AUGGUGCAGCCAUCCACUGUAAAAAGAAGACUCAAGCCUUUAUUGAAUGAAAUCGUCAAGACUUUUCAAAUUUGGGAUGAUCUGAAUAAUGAUUGUUUUACUGUGGCGAAUUCGUUGAUUAAUACGAGACUUGAAGAACGAUAUGUUGACCAUCCAGAACUCUGGCCAUCAGAACUUUCUUCCUUCUCCUCCACGUCAAAAGAUCCCGACCUAAAACAGCGGUACAGCGAAAAGCUAAAUGAUCAAAUCGCGGAGCUGUCGCAAAUGCUUGUUCAAAUAUUUGAAAAAAUGGAAACGCACUGUCUCAGCAUACAACAUCGAUCCGUGUCACAAGUAGAAAUGCUCUACGCCGAUGCGUGUAACACGCUAGGACCAGACUUUUGUUCGAGUACACCAGUGUUUUUCACGUGUUCGCUUGACCGAUAUCUGAAUCAAGUAAAGGAAAUUCAGACAAUGUACACUCGAGAGAUGAAAUUCAAGCAACGAAUGAUAAAAGAAGAGUUAAUGUCAAAAAUUAAAGUACGGGAAGAAGGAAUGGUGUUGCUAUCGGCUUGGUUGAAUCAACCGUCAAUUGACUUUGAGAGACGAUCGGAGAUUGUAGAGAUAUGGAAGGUUGAAAUGGAAGGAGAGGAACAAGAACAGUUGCUAUUGAAGAAAUAG